GCAGAGGGACAGGGAGCCAAUGAAUGGAGACUCACUUUUGACUUCUUCGCAACUCAACCUCUUUGCUUCGCUUUGCUUCUGAUAUGUUGGUUUUUCUUUUCCUUCUGUAAUCAGAAACAAUGCCUAUAGAAGGGAUCUUUGUCUCUGGCUUCGUCAAUUUGUUGUUUGGGAAGUUGACCUCUUUUGCCUCCUCGAAAUUACCCACCUUUGAAGGUAUUGACACCCAGCUGACCAAUUGGACCAAUAUGCUAUCGCAAAUUGAAGAUCUUUUGAUUGAUGCGGAGGAGAAGCAAUUGACUGAUCGAGCCGUGAAACGGUGGCUCGACGAUCUCCAGGAUCUGGCAUAUGAUUUGGAUGAUUUAGUGGAUGAGUUCGCCACCGAAGCUUUGCGACACAAGCUCAAGGCAAAGCCGCCCCAAGCUAGUUCCAGCAAGAAAUGUGCUUUCAAGAAUCUGAAUACAAAGAAAGGCUUCUUCCGAUAGAUUUCCUUGUCUGCUUUUAUUUAUGAGGCAACCACAACAAAUGGAAGAGUUCACAUUCCUUUCCAACUUGGUGCAUUUGUCCCUGGAUAUCCUGUCUAUCUAGUGAUUGUUCGCUA